CGCAACCCUCCCAGUACUGUGCUGUGUGUGAUUGCCCCGAUGCAGGCAGGCUACACGUCCAAGGAAUAGGAUCGUAGUAGGAACACUUUAGAGAACAGGUGGUCGGUAAAACGUUAACGUUUAGACGGUAUGAGGAGACGAUGAAGAUUAUUGCUGUCUGCUUGUUUGGAAUACAAUCUUUUUGACACAAAAGGAAAUUCAUAAUUUGAACAUUACAAAGUAGUGAGGAAUACACCUCAACCGAGGCACAUCGGGAUUCGGGAACUAAUAUGAAAGUGACAGUGUGUUUUGGGAGAACCAGGGUGGUGGUUCCUUGUGGCAAUGGAAAUAUUAAAGUUCACAGUCUUAUCGAACAAGCCGCCAUGAGGUAUAAAAAGGCUAUUGCGAAGGAUCCUGGCUACUGGCUACAGGUGCACAGGUUGGAGCAUGGGGACGGAGGCAUACUGGACCUGGACGACACGCUGUGUGAUGUGGCCGAUGACAAAGACAGGCUGGUGGCAGUGUACGAGGAGCAGGACCCUCACCAUGGUGGCGAUGGCACCAGUGCCAGCUCAACGGGCACACAGAGUCCUGACCCCUUCACUGCCGUCGCAGAGCUCAACUCCAGCAACAUGUCCGCCUUCCAGCCCUACCAGACCAGCAGCGAGAUAGAGGUCACCCCCUCCGCCCUGCGCAGCAACAUGCCUCUCCAUGUCCGGCGCAGUAGCGACCCAACUCUGGCAGGCCUUCCCCUGGGUGACCCACAGACAGCACCGGAGGAACCAUCCCGUAAGAACCCUACACGAUGGUCCACCACGGCAGGCUUUCGCAAGCACAACCACCACCACAACCACAGCCAAAACACUGGGACCAACAGCCUGGAACGCAAGGGUAAGGCAGUGGAUACGUGCCGGAGUCUCCCUCGUGAUACAGCAGCCUGGGCCACCCAGUUCCAGAGAGAGACUGCCCGCUCCUCUCUCAGUGCCAACCACCCCAUGGUGGACCGCUGGCUGGACAGACAGGAUCAGGAGGAGGCGGAGGAAGAGGAGAGAGUGAAGGAGGAAGAGAGGAAUGGGAGGAUAGAGCCGGUGGGGAGAGCAGACUCCUGUGUGGAACACUUCCCAAAGUUAUCUCUGGAUGACAUGCUAAAGCUGGUAGAGGUGUCCAAUGUCGGCGGGCCUCUGGGGAUCCACGUUGUGCCUUUCAGUGCCACGGACAGAAGGACCCUGGGGUUGUUAGUGAAGCGUCUGGAGCACGGGGGCAAGGCGGAGCAGGAAGGUCUGUUCGAGGAGAACGACUGUGUCGUCAAGAUUAAUAAUGGGGAUCUGAGGAGCAUCCGAUUUGAACAAGCACAGAACAUGUUCAGGCAGGCCAUGCGUUCUCCUGUCAUUCUGUUCCACGUGGUCCCGGCCUCCAUGAAGAGCCAGUAUGAGCAGCUCUCCCAGGGGGAGCUCAGCCCCCCAUGUCCGAGGGGGGAGAGGGGUAACCGGGAAAGCUUCAGCUCCAGCCAGGCCUCGGACCCCCAGGCCCCGCAGCCCGGGGAAAGGGGUAGUCUGGUGGUCCAGGGGGGGAUGGGGUUGGAACACACCCCACAGAGGAUGUCCUCCCGGUCAAGACCACACCCCAUUCCCAUCCCCAGCCCCAAACACCAGAACCAUUGUCCUCUACCACAGCGUGUACCAGACCACCACUUCUCCACCUCGUUACCUCACAGCGGAAGCAACAACGUGUCCUCGGCCCCCUCUCCAUCCCUGCAAAGGAGAGUCAGUGCCAACCCUACCGCAGGCUACUUCAAGAAGACAGGCCGGAGACUUAACAUCCAGCUGAAGAAAGGUCCUGAGGGUCUUGGAUUCAGUAUCACGUCACGUGACGUCCCCAUAGGAGGCUCUGCCCCCAUCUAUGUCAAGAACAUCCUAGCUCGGGGCGCUGCGAUCCAAGAUGGCCGCCUGAAGGCUGGCGACCGGCUGCAGGAGGUGAAUGGGGUAGACCUGAAUGGGAGGACUCAGGAGGAGGUGGUAGCUCUACUCAGGGUCACCCCCAUGGGAGGAACAGUUAGUCUGCUAGUCGUACGCCAAGAGGACUCCUAUCUACCUAGAGAAGUGAAGUCAGAAGAAGAGGACCUGGUUUUGACCCCAGAUGGUACCAGGGAGUUCCUGACCUUUGAGAUCCCCCUGAGUGACUCGGGGUCGGCAGGUCUGGGGGUCAGCGUCAAGGGCAACCGCUCCAAGGAAAAUCACGCCGACCUGGGCAUCUUCGUCAAGUCCAUCAUCAAUGGAGGAGCCGCCUGCAAGGAUGGCCGACUGAGAGUCAACGACCAGCUCAUUGCCGUCAAUGGCGAGUCGUUGCUAGGGACGCCCAACCAGGAUGCCAUGGAAACGCUUCGCCUGUCCAUGUCGACGGAGGGCAACAAACGAGGGACGAUCCAACUCAUCGUUGCCAGGAGGGUUGCCAAGAGCAACGAGGAGGCUCCAGGAAGCUCACCGGUGCAGGAGCAGCCUCUGACAGACCCUCUGGAUGACCAUGAGCGCCACAUUUCCCACUCCAUGUAUGGGACCAUAGAGGGCAUGGACGACCAGCCCUCCAUGCCACCACGCAAUGUCAUGAUGGGACCGCGCAUGAUGGGUAACUACCAGCUGUCUCCGACUGUGAACAUGCCCCAGGACGACACCGUCAUGAUCGAAGAUGAUCGGCCACCUGUGGUCCCCGCCCACCUGUCUGACCAAUCAUCCUCCAGCUCCCACGAUGACGUGGGCUUUGCUGCAGAUAACCCGGUGACUUGGGCCCAGGACAUGUCAAACCAAAACGAGUGCUCCCUCAGUCCGGACACAGAAGACCCAGAAGAUUCCUUUCAGAGAGAGGGGUUUGGACGCCAGAGCAUGUCAGAGAAACGCACCAAACAGUUUGGUGACAAUGCCAAUCAGCUUGAGAUCAUCAAGACGCGCAAGUCCAAGAGCAUGGACCUAGUAUCUGACGAGGUUAACCCCCACCUCACCCCCAGCACAGAAAACAUGGAAGGCUCUUCGACAGGAGAAGCAGUAGGUCCCUCUCUGGGCCUCAAGAAGUCCAGCUCCCUGGAGAGCCUCCAGACUGCUGUUGCCGAGGUUACACUCAACGGGGAAAUGAACCUCCACAGGCCACGCCCACGUAUCAUCAGGGGGCGGGGCUGCAACGAGAGCUUCCGGGCAGCCAUUGACAAAUCAUACGACAGGCCAGGAGUGAUCGUUACUGCUAAGGAAGAGUGUGACCCGAAGGGAAUGGAGACAUUGGAGGAGGACCCCGAGGGGAGUUCUAGGUCGGGCCGAGACUCCAUGUCCACAUCCACAGACCUGACCCUGCCACCCGGCAACGCCGUAACGAUGGAGAGACAGGUGAAUGGCAACGGCACCGCCACCAAAGACGAUCAAAAGAGGGAGAAGAGCGUGAGGGACAAGAAGAAGCCUGAGAGAGAUAAAGAAAAGGAGAAAGAAAAAGAGAAAAACAAAGCCAAGAAAGGGUUGCUGCUGAAGGGCCUGGGAGAUAUGUUCAGGUUUGGGAAGAACCGCAAUGGAGACAAGAUGGAGCGUAAGGGGUCGAAUAAAUCUAAGAUGGAGGACACACAGGCGUCUGAGGAGGAGAUGCUGCGGAUGAAACUGGAGCAGGAGAGGAUCCAGGCGAAGACGAGGGAGUUCCGUGAACGUCAGGCAUCGGUGGCGAGGGAGAGGGAGUAUGCUGAGAUCCUGGACAUCAACCCCAACCUGAACUGCACCUUCAGCUCCAACGAGGACGAGGAGCACCCCUAUGCAGGCAUCGGCUCCCUGGACGGGUCAUCCUUAGACAGCAGACAGGAUCCCCACCAAGGGUCCCAGCCCUCCCAGGACAGCGGUCCAGACCAGCCCGACCUGGAGGCCCUCUAUGCCCAGGUCAACAAGCCUCGCAACGGACACCCUCCCUCAGCUGACAGGUAAGGGGCACCACUACCCACCACCUACACCAGCAACUACAAAAACAAUCAGCAACUAACACCAUCAGCAUCAUCAACAACAGCAACACCUCACCUCCAUCCCCUACAACAACACCACCACCACCCAAAACCAACA